AUGUCUGUACCUUUCGAAGAUCCGAUAACAACGUGCCCGAUUGAUAAAUAUCAUACAGUUUCUAAGUCUAAAUUAUACAAACAUUUAGUGAAGUGCUUGAAAGCGAAAAAGAUAACAGAUAAAACGAUCUGUGUUUACAACCCACGACAUAUAAUUGAUAUUGACGAGAAAGAGAAACACAUAUCGGAGUGUGAGGACAAUCCAAAUAUUUAUAUUUCGCGGGCUGAGUUAUCGAAGGAACCAAAUUACUCAGGAGUCCUUCCUGUAAAUGAAGCAAUGGACGAAGUGGAAAAGGUUCUUGCGACUUUGAAUGAAACUAGCCAAAAUGAAAUAAAUUAUAUCGAUGGUUCGGCCUACGAUCCUAUAAAGGCUAGUAUUGAUAGAUCUUUGUACCGGCCGCAAUUAAUUGGUGGGUCCAAAUCCGAGAAGAAGGCAUUCCGCAAAAAAGAAGUCCAGAGGCGCAAAGCUCUACAAACUGGACGAUUGAAUGAAGAAAAAUGUUGCAGUGGUGAAUCAAUACUUCACCAGGACCUCACUGGAAUCAGCUGGACGGAUAUCCAUAUCCAGAAGAUAUGUAAGAAAAAUUAUAUAGAUGCUGCUUCCGAUCUAAUCAGGAAGUAUGACUUAUUUUAA